AACACCCACUAAAACCUCAAAGUGCUUUUCAUUUAGAAGACACGAGGGAGAGGGAGAGAGGGUAAGAGAAAAUCCUGCCUGCACCCAGGUCUGCACUGCUAAUCUUGAAUCCCAGUUUCUUAAAUUCUACCUCCACUUCUGACUGAGGACCACUGGACUUUGAGGAAACUUUGCGGUUAAUUUCCACACUGAUUAGUCAACAGUGCAAAAUCUGAAGAGAUGCAAGCAGGAAAAAGAAAUUAAACCAGGCCUGAGGAGCGAUGCAACAGGCAUGAUGGAGGUCGAGUCCUCCUACUCGGACUUCAUCUCCUGUGACCGGACGGGCCGUCGGAACGCUGUCCCUGACAUCCAGGGUGACUCGGAGGCUGUGAGCGUGAGGAAGCUGGCUGGAGACAUGGGCGAGCUGGCACUCGAGGGUACAGAAGGACAGGCAGAGGCAAGCACCGCAGACAAGGAGGCUAGCAAGCAGCCCCAGAGCAGUGAUGGCGCCACCUCGUCUUGAGUCUGACCUUGUCCAAGGAGGCUGAACGAGACCUGCUGUCCUCUCCUGGAAGGGGAACCCUGGCACUGGCCUGGCAGCCUCUUCUCUGAGCCCCACCCUGUCCCAGGCAAGCUAGGCCAGACUGAGAGGGCCCCCCCGAGGCCUUUGUGGCCCCCACUCUGGGUAAGCCCUCUGCCCACACCCACAGGCUCUGCAUUCCCACCACCACCUCGCCAUGCCCAGGUACACCUUCAAGACACUGUAGCCACAGGAUGUUAUUUAUUCGGCUGGCACCCAGACUCACAGGCUGGGCCCUGCCUGCCAGGGUGAGUGGCCCACGCAGGAACACUCCUUUUGUCAGCGGCCUGGGUGGGGACCAUGUCCCAACACCGACCCCUCCUCUCCAGCCCCAACCUUCUGGGUCAAGACCUUCUUACCCCUUUUUUAAAAAACACUUUUAAACUUUUUAAAAAUUUUAAACCUUUUUUCAGCAGAGAGGGAGAGAAUGGACAAUCAGUUUACUUUUUUUUUUUUAAGCCAUUUUAAGCUAAACUCUCACCAUCUGUCUAGGCAGCUCUGAGGUUCCCUCGUGGAGCUUCACAGAUCCAUUUUUAGGGAAGGGAUUUUGGCUCAAAACUAUCUGACCAACUCUUUGCCCUUUCUACCAAGAUAAGUGACACCUAUGACCCAGGAAAUAAAUGCUGAUGAUCUGUGUGA